GCGAGCGUGUCAGUUUCUGCGCGGUUCCGUGGUGGCGCUGGUGGCGCUGGACAACUCGUGCGGCAUCAUCAGAGAAAUGCAGCAGCUGGCCCGGGAUUUCUCCGUUCCGUUUUUCGUCGUCAAUAGAUUCUACUGUCUGAGCUCCGCCGAGAAUCGAGAUGGCGUGUUUCUCUCGAAGGCGGAGCAGUUGGACGUGCUGUCUCUGGUCGCCCACUGGAUGUCCGCCUCCGGGAAACUGGGGGUCACGGUGGUGUCCACCGACCAGCAGCCGGCCGACCUCACCUGGCUGCUGACUGACCGGCUGAGCCACCUGGUGCACGAGCUGGCGCCGCGGCCCGACGCCGAUUUCCUGCCGGCUAUCUGGGCGUUCGUGCUGCUCGCCGAGCCCGGCCGGCUGGCCGACAUCCUGGCCGAGGUGGACGCGGCCGGGCUGCUGACGGCUGCCUCGCCCUGGCUGCUGACGGUGGACGGCUGGACGGACGGCGAGGUUCAGCUGGCCCUGCCCACCGACGCCAACGUCACGGUGGCCCGCCGCCAGCUGAGCCGCCAGUUGACCGAGCUGCUGCUGCCGCUGGCCCGCCGCAUGGGACGCCGCGCGCUGGACUCUGAGCAGACGUUUGUGAUGUCGGCGCUGCUGGCGCUGGCCGAGUCGCUGCACGCCGGCUGGGAGGCGGGCUGGCUGCCGGAGACGGUCUCGGUGGCUUCCGACAGCUGUCGGCGGCAGACUGGCUGGCCGGAGACCCAGCGCGAACUCGCCGCCGACAUACAGACCCGCCUGGCCGGCUGGGGCACGUGUCUGACGUGCCUGGCCUUUGAGCUGCGCGCCAGCAAGUACGGCCGUCUCUGGGGCCCGGGCGGCGGCGGCGGCGGCGGCAGCGAGACACGUCUGCGGCCGGCCGGCCACUGGAACGCCACCUGGCGGCUGGACCUCACCUUCCCCGACCUGUUCCGUGGCGCGCACCUCAUCGUGUGCACGCUACCCUGGCACGGCGUGGUGACAUACCAGCUGGACGGCGCCGGCGCCGUGGUCAGUCGCAGCGGACUCAGUUUCGUCAUCCUGGACACGCUGGCUCAGGAGCUGGGCUUCACGUACUCGGUGGUGGAGCCGCCGGACGGCCAGUGGGGCCUGCUGCUGGAGAACGGCUCGUGGACGGGCCUGGUGCGCAUGCUGGCGUUCGGCGAGGCGGACGUCUGCGGCCCCUUCUCCUCGACGCCCGCCCGCCAGGCGGCCGUCGGCAGCACAGUCGCCUUCUUCACCGACUACUACGACCUCAUGACGCCCAAGGCCCGGGUCGAUCACGGCGUCUUCAUCUACAAGGAUCCCUUCACGCUUGAGGUGUGGCUCGGUAUACUGCUCACCAUGCUGACCGUGUCCGCCCUGCUGUACGCCAUCAACGGCGCCUCGCCGCGCGGCGAGGACGCGCCCGCCGCGAGCCGCACCGGAGGCCUCUUCCGGGCCGGCAACUGCCUCUGGUACAUAUACGGUGCCACCAUCAACCAGGGCGGGGUGCAUCUGCCGACGGCCGUAUCCGGUCGGCUGGUGGUCGGCUUCUACUGGCUAUUCUCGCUCAUCUGCGUAGCCACGUACUCUGGUAACCUGAUCGCCACGCUGACGGUGCCUCGCGUGGUGCCGCUGGUGGGCGACGUGCGCCAGCUCACGACCAGCCCGGACGUCGGCUGGCUCUCGGCCGCCGGCACCGACCUCGAGCAGUUCGUCACGGACCCGUUGGCGGGCCUGAGUCGGCAGCUGUGGAGCAUGCAGCAGCGCGGCCGCGGCCGCUUCUUCCCUCCGUCCGAGGACGCGCUGCCGCUGGUGAAGGACGGCGGCUGGGUCAUCAUCGCCUCCGCCCUCGACAUCCGCUUCAUGGUCGACGCCGAGAUGCGGAAGGUGCUCGGCCGGGACCCGGGCGCGCGCGAGCCCUGCGAGCUGGAAGCCAUCGCCGCUCACGUCAAGGAGAUCAGCGUCGUGUUUGGCCUGCAGAAGCGCAGCCCCUACAAGCCGGCGUUCGACCGAUACUUGCGGCUGAUGCAGGAGUCGGGCCUGAUCGAGGCGUGGCUGCGCAGCUCACUGCCCAACGCCAGCGUCUGCCUGCCGGAGGACGGCGGCCGGCCGCAGCUGGGCGCCGGGCGCGCGGGCCUCUCACUGGCCGAGAUGCAGGGCGCCUUCUGGCUGCUGUUCGGCGCCAGCGCCGACUUACAGACGGCGCUGGCUACGGUGCGAGAGCUGACGGGCGGCGUGGUUCGCCUGACGCCCGACCGGCGGCGCCAGCUGUCGCAGCCGGCUACCGCCUGGCACACGGGGUCCGCUCGGGGACGGGCGCGGGUGGCUGAGAUCGUGCCGGUGGAGAGCCACGGUUGA